AUGGACUCACAUACACCUUCUCCACCGAUAUGGCGCUGGGUCUUAGGCUUUUUAGCCGUAGGAGCCUGCUGGGGACUGACAACACCCUUUAUGCGGCGAGCGGCCAUUGCUCGAGACCAUAAACCGCAGCCCGCACGUCCAGCGCUGACAGACCCAAAGACAUCGUGGCUCAAUCGGAAGAUCCUGGGCAUCGUCUACGCCGUCUACGAUCUCCUCAAAAACCCGGCCUACGCGGUGCCGUUACUGCUUAAUGUGACGGGCAGCGUUUGGUUCUUCCUACUGAUCGGUCAGGCUGAGCUGAGUCUGACCGUUCCAAUCACUAAUGCCCUGGCGUUUUUAUUUACCGUGCUGGGCGAAUGGUAUGCGGAAGGCAAGGUCAUAACGCGAGGCACGUAUAUGGUUAACCCCCUCAUCAGCUACCGCUAA